AUGGCUCCCAUAAAGAUCGACCGGGUAUUAUUUUCUGCUUGAGACCCUAAGUGGCCUGUGGAGAACUUGCUGGACCCAGAGAGUCAUAAAGGACCUAGGCUCAGCUGCCAUCAAGUAAAAAGUGGGCAGCUGAGAGUGGAAUCACAGCUGGGAAAGCUCGUGUCCAUUAACAAUAUUGGUGCUGAUAACUGUGGCUUUGUUUUCCUGCAGAUUGACGAGGGUCAUUCUUCCAGGUCCCUGGACAGACCUUGUGUGAUGCUCCCUGUAACGACGCUAAUGUCCCUCGCUGAUUCAAAGCAAGAGGAGAACUGCUCUGGUCUCCAGAUGUUUAAAGACUCAGAUUUCAUGAAUCCAGCCAUGUGUGGAUCCUGGGAUCAAGUUCUGGUGACCUGCUCCCAACCUUUCACACGUUAUCAAUCCUUUGUCCUGGCCUUCCUGUGGGUGUCUUUCUGUCUGGACUCCACAGUUGACUCUAUGAUGAUACAUUCAACCCCUGGAAGCCAGGGCUCCUCUUAUGCUCAGGAGACUGGUCCUAGCUCCUGGCUAUCAAGUCCUUCUAUCCGGUGGACAUUACUUCCAGACUCCCAGACGAGCAUCAAGGAAAAGUCAGAGUUCAAGGAUAUACUAAAGCAGCUGCACCCAGGGGCUCCAGGGCGCUCAGGCAAAAUGGUGAUUCCUGCUGCCCACAAAGCACCUCCCCAUAGUGUGGCCAGUCCAAAGAACAACCACUCAGAGGGAAGAGCCCAGAGCAGAACAAAGGCAAAAGAAUGAUGCGGCGGCAGGACAAGGAGACAGAAACUGCCGCACCAAAGGCCUUUGUCCAACUCACAUUCUCGGCCAAACAGAAGACAGGCAGCCAGGGCAAGAGACAAACAGAACACCAAACCAGUUGCAAGCAGUAGUGUCCAAGCUAAUAGACAGUGUCCCGUUUUUCCCGGUUCCUUCAGCAUCGGGAUUCUUCCAGUGUGCGCUACCACUUGUGGGAUACCUCCCCCUUCUCAGUCAGCGUCUCCCUCCUCCUCACCAUCUUCCUUGCAGUCCAUGCUGUGGGUGUCCUCGCCAGAGAAUUCGCCACCUGUUUCCUAGGUUCAAUGUCCUAUCUGUGAGUUGCAGUUCUCAGCACGGCGAGGAUUUUCCAGCACCAGUCGUGAGGUCUAG